UUUGCGACGGAAAGUCGCGCUGUGCAUUGUGGGUGAAAGAUGGCGCCGCCCAUGUAUAGUUGUCAGUAAAGGUAGGACAGAGGAACAGCGAUGCCGAAGUACUAUGAGGAUAAGGAGGAGGAUAGUCACCCCUGUGCAGGGGCGAAGGAGGAUCUUAAGAGCUGCCUGCUGAAGAGUGAAUGUGUGCUGCAGGAAGGAAAGACACCCAAGGAGUGUUUAAGAGAAGGCCACUGCAGACCUCUGCAAAUCAGCUUUUUUGAGUGUAAAAGAUCAGUUCUGGACAACCGAGCACGCUUUCGAGGGAGAAAAGGUUACUGAGAUGUGGAAGAUGCAUUUGUCCGAUUAACAGCCGCACUCUACUUCAUGCUGAGAUCAUGAACUGUUGUGUCUAGUAGGGUGCACAGUACAGUGAUUUGCAUUUUUUUCUUGCUUCUGUUCUCAUUAAAAAUUCUCACAGUGGUGAAAAAAUGAAAA